CAACCCUUCACCUUCUUGGAAUAAAUAUCUGGGCCACCAGGUCAGUCUGGAACAGACACCCCUGCGGGUGGGCCAGGCCACAUGCGUGCCCAGGACUGCGCAUCUGGACAGGUCAGGAUUGUGAGCACCUUGUUAAACUGCCUUGAAAAUAUAACUCCUGGGUCCUCACGGCAGAAGCUGAGUUGAGCCGGUUGACCUGUGCCUACUUGCGUCGUGUGAGUCAUGAGAAGUGAGGAGCCAUAUUUCCCGAGGAAGGAGAGGGAUCUGAGUCAACACGGAGGCCCUCCCAGUGGCCCGGCGUGGUGCCUCAGGCAGACUGUUGCUCAAUGCAUAGUUGCUGACCCAAUAUCCAAUUAACCAGAGAUCGGUAUCUGCCAAGAAAGUGUGUCUCUCCCACUUGCCAGAGGCCCCGUGUGUGGUGUUUGGAACCUUGGCCAGCUCCUCCGCUGGUCCUGUAGGUGGUUUUCCCUGCUCACAUCUGGCAAGUGCCGCUGGCCCCUGCGCCAGAGAAGAUUCUCUGUGACCGGCUGCAAUCUGGAGCAAUCACGAUAACAGAUGGAUGCUCCCUGUUUGGAAAUUGGAGCGUAGGUGAAGAAUUGCAAAGGCCAGUCUCUGGUCCACGUGCACGUCCCAGAGACGCCAGCAGAGAGGCUGGCGCUGUGGGGAGAGCCGCUCACAGCCUUGUCCGCCCUCAAGCAGCCAGGAUGGAGCCUCCGCUCGGGACCCAGCAGGGAGCCAUGCAACCCCUGGUCGCGGACAGCUUCGAAGCCUGCCUGCUGAAUAAGGUGGACUGGAGGCGCCAGCGGGUCUCCCAGAUGGUGGAGGAGGUGCAGAAGGUCGUCUACCAGCUGACCACAGAAAUCAGCAACCAGGACAUCCGCUUCCAGGCUAUCCCGUACUCCCCGAUGUACAAUGGGAACAUCACGGUGUUGGGCCCCAGCCAGUUUCUCGUCACAGUCCCAGUGAGAGGCCUGGCCGGGUACCGGGAGGCCAGGGAGCAGCGCUGGCGGUACUACACGCUGCAGGGCGCCCGGCUCCACUGCCCGCUGCGGAGCCCCGAGGGCCUGCUGCAGUGGCUGGAGGUGCAGCAGUUCGCGAAGAACCUGUGGCAGUGGCACGAGACGGACGUGAGCAUCGAGGGGGACAUCGUGCCCGCCAAGGUGCUCCAGGUCUUCCGGAAACUGGUGGAAAACGCCAUCGAAACCUGUCACCUGUCAGGAAAGGUCAGCAUGCUAACCAGCGGCAUUGCAGUCCACGUUGCCAUGGAAACCUCCGCAGGGCAGGUGGAGAUAGAGCUGGCCCCCGAAGUGGAGAUCCCCACCGCCUGGUCCAAGAGAGCCCCGUGGCCUCGGUGCCUGUCGCGCUGGCCCUCCGCGGAGCGGGCGAAGUGCAUCAAGGUACCGUCGUUUGGAUUCUCCUUGCUGGCCCGUUGGCGUUGGCAUUAUCACUGGCAGCUGAGCUUCCUGCAGGCUGAGCGGGUGCUGCUGGAGCAGCUGGACGAGGACGGGGGCUGCCGCCGGCGGUGCCUCCAGGCCCUGCGGCAGCUGAAGGAGGACGUGUGGUGUCCGGGCCGGAGGCCCGUCAUCACGUCCCACCACCUGCAGACAGUGCUCUUCUGGACUUGCGAGAAGUAUCCACAUGCCAGGGACUGGCGGGUCUUCAGCAAAGGGCUCCUGCGCCUGGCCAGGAAGCUGCACAAGUGCGUGCGCCAGCGCUUCCUGAAGCACUUCUUCGUGCGCAGCGGCAACCUCCUGGAGCACGCCACCGCCGCCGAGCUGGACGCCGUGGCCCAGAGGCUGGGCCUCUUCCUGAAGGACCCCGGCGGGCUCCUGACCCUCCCCUCCGGCCGGAUCUCUGCGGAUGGGUCCAGCCAGGUGCCGGAUUCCUGCCCAGGAGAAAGGCACCAGGCGGCCAUGGGAAUCACAUUGACCACUGGCACAUCAGAGGCCUGACCAGGCCUCCCUGGGCCACGCAAGCGUUCCCGCCCUCGCCGCCGCUAGCUACCUCUCUUGGGGACAGCCCUCAUCAAGCUGCCCCGAGCCGCUCAUUGCAAACUGAUGACCGUUCUGAGUCUGUUUCCCUUGCUCGGAUGCUGAUGGUCUGACGGGGAGGAUGGAGACAGAGCCCCUGGAAGCCAGGCCCAGCCCUGGUCCUCCAGCCCGCCAGCCACCGGGCCACUGUUUCCGUUUGUGAGAUGGGACUGUGGAUGGUGCAGUGCCCUUCCGAGGAGAAGGCAUCGGAUCAGCGCUCCGUGUUGCUGCUGGUUUAUAGCUGGUGUCCGCAUCCUGAAUGAGUGCCUAGCCGCCGAUUAAAUGAGUGCGUCUGUUGCGUUGGCC